UGUACAUCUCUGUCUGUCUCUGGUCGGUGCUCUCCCUUCGUCGCCGCCGCCCGUCUCUCUUUCCCACCCGUUCCACCACCCAUCCAAACCACCCCGCGUUCGUCCCUCUUUCUGGAUAUUGUAUAGAGAACGUUAUGCUAAAGUAUGCAUGUACGAGGGUCGGUCCAAUGGUCAGGAAUCUCGCGAGUUCGUUCUGCGGCAGCACGUAUCCGGACGUAUUUCUCUGGACUCGCGGCUCGCGGCUCGCGAGGCCGCGUGUGCACGACCCAGACCACGACCACGACCACGAUCACGACCACGACCACGACCACGACCACGACCAACGUCGACGUCACUCGUAGCCGCGGUACCACUGCGUAAUCUCCGGUCGACCGGUAACCGUGGAGGGAUCGGCCAGCUUCUUGCUCGCACCGGGCCGCACCGAGUAACCGGGGGAUGAUUUGCCCGUAAUGACGAUCGGCCUGAAUUGCGGUAGGCCACCGGACGGGCAUCCAUGGAAUAUGGGAUCUGGAGUCUUCACGCCGCGGGUGAACUUUGGGGUGACCCGCGUCUCGCCCGAAGGCACCCGAUUCUGCCCCCAAGCGCCUCGCAGCUGCUCCCGAGGGCAGCGUUCGCCCUGAGCGCUCUUCACCGGCCGGACAUGGUGCCGUUACCAUUGACAUCGGCCGGGCCACCAUACGGCCCCAUGGAACUGGUCACCAAGUCCUCGAAGGACAGGGACGAGGCGGAGAAGAAGGAACAAGAGGGGAAUGAUGACCAGCAACGCGACGACAACGAAGGAAACAUCGAAAACUCUGACGAAAAUGAUAAUCAGACCUCAGUUUCGAAGGAAAACAACGACAACGAAGACGCGGGGGAAGAAAGCGACAGCGGAAGUACAAACAGUUCCCAUCGCUCGGCCAACAAUAAUCUUCCGGCGAAGCUGCUCGAUCCGAUGGCUUACCUUGCUUUCGAUAAGGAAGGGACCGUCACGCCGGUUCUAAAUGGCUGGGUCCUCGGCGCGUACACCGCCAUGCUUGGAAGACUGUCGGCGGCCACUGCGGCUCUCGAGGCCACAGAAAUACCGAACAUCCCUUCCGACAGCGACUCGGAGAGCGAACACUCGUCUUACACCGAGAAGUCGCGAGGAAGCAGUCCGAACGUGAGCAACGCUCAUCGCGGAUACUCGUGCGGUUCGUGUGACGUUGUCGCGCCGACGAGGCCGGCCCUACGAAAGCAUAUUGUCGAUUGCCAUCCACCCGUGACUAGCACGGAAACAGGAGAAACAAAAAGUUGUCCGUCCACGGGCUGUGACUUCACAACGAGCAGCAGGUGCGAAAUGGAGACCCACGUGGCCGCGCACGUGGCACAGGGCAUGACACCGACCGGGAAGAAACGAACACUGGCAUUGCAACGCGUCAGGUAUAGAUACGAGAGGGAGGAGUAUCGUUGCUCGCUGUGCUCGUACGCCUGCACCAUCGAGAAGGCGUUCCAAAGGCAUCUGAGGGCACACGCGAAGGGCACAGCGCCGGAGACGAGGGUGAGCUGCGCUGUCUGCGGAGCGGACAGAUCCUCGGAGGUCGAUCUCAGCAAACACAUGAGAAGGCACCGCGACGACCGAUACUUCUGCUGCGACAUUUGCAUUUUCCGCACGGUUCAAUUGAAAAAGCUAAUUCAACAUCGACGCAUGCACACGGGCGAGAAGCCGCACCUAUGUCCGCACUGCGCGUACAGAAGCGCUCGCCGGGACAACCUGCGAAGCCACGUGCGACGCGUCCACAAAAAGGAGAAUCUCUAUUGCGACACGUUCAGUCCACGUGGCAUGCUGCUCACGCCCAUGAUCGGCAGGGACACACCGCUGGUCCAGAGCCCGGAAUCCUCGCCGUCCUCCAACUCGGAGUCCACCAACUAGCGAAGCAACUCGGCAGAAGGGAGCGGAUCGUCGUCACACACGUCCUAACUUUGUCAAUACUGCGACCUAGGUAUUAAAAUUGUCGAGGCGGUUUUACAUUGGCGAACCUGAUCGGUACCGUCACGAGUCGGCCCAGCUGCCCCGAGAGCCGAAUUACAAUUUGGAGAACCGUUCGGAGAUCGGUUUGCGACUGCAGUAAUGUCUCCCUUACUGACGCUCAGAUGGUCCACAGAAAUACAGUAAUGUCUCCCUAACUGACGCUCAG